GUUUACUUGAUUUCAUCGCUUGUCUGUUUGUAUACAGUGUAUCUUGACCCCUUGUUAAAGGAAGAAUGAGGCUAUUGGGCUACCUGACUCUACUUACGGUGGUAUACGCGCUUGACUUAGCAUCCUUGGGUGAUAGAAGAUUGCCACAUGCUGUUCAGAUUCAUAAGAGAGGCUUACCCGCUGGCGUCCCUGCUGAUAUUCAAGUUGCUGAUUCCAAUACGAGUCCAAUCGAGGACCUUGUGACUCCUCCAGGGAAUGGAGCCGGUGCUAAUGGUAAUAUCAACAAAAAUCAAGAUACUGCUCAAAGAAUCAGCCAUAUGGAUGCACCUUCUGUCAGGGCCAGUUCUCAAGGCUCAGCUGCUGAACAGGGUGGUGCCUCAGGUCAGGAAUCUACAGAUUCGAACGCAUUCUUCAUGUCUAUCUCUAUGAUCAUAGUCUCUGAGAUCGGUGAUAAAACGUUCUUGAUCUCUGCGCUCAUGGCUAUGCGCCAUUCAAGGAUUGUGGUGUUUACCGCGUCAUUUGCAUCGUUGGCUAUAAUGACUAUUCUGUCCGGUAUUGUUGGACACACUUUACCUACGUUGUUGUCAAAGCGUGUCACUCAGUUUUUGGCUGCUGUACUAUUUCUCGUGUUCGGUUACAAAUUGACCAGGGAAGGUUUGACGAUGUCCAAAGAUUUGGGAGUUGACGAGGAGUUGGCCGAGGUUGAAGAAGAAUUGACCGUGUCUGAUAUGAAUAACGAUUUGGACACUUUGGAAACAGGUGGUCAUGAAACAAAACAGAAUCCAAACCGUUCUUUCCAGGAAUUGGUGGUAGACUCGGUGAUGUCUGUGUUGCACUCUUUUAAGGAACUAUCAUCGUUUGUCCUCUCACCGCUCUGGGUUCAAGUGUUUGUAAUGAUUUUCCUUGGUGAAUGGGGUGAUCGUUCACAAAUCGCGACGAUUGCUAUGGCUGCUGGCUCGAACUAUUGGUUAGUUAUCAUGGGUGCUGUCAUUGGACACGGUAUCUGUACAGCAGGUGCUGUCAUUGGAGGUAAGAUGCUUGCUUCUAGAAUCAGUAUGAGAACCGUUACUUUGGGUGGUGCCUUUGCAUUCUUGAUCUUUUCAAUAUUGUACUUCUACGAUGCCAUCUACAACAUUGAAUAAGGAGACGAAUAGAAUAGAUCAAUUCCAAGUUGGAAGUGAAUUUGAGAAAUGGAGGGAAAGGUAAUAGAGGUGUCAAAGACCCAUGCAAUCAUUGACAUUGGUUUCUUGUUUAUGAACGUGUCUUCAGAGGUAUAUUCUUAUCUGUACCUAUAUCAUAAUUAGAAUCUUGAUAGAGUCUCUUCAGAUAU